AUGAGCCUUCUGAUUGGAAUGUACAAGGGGGUAUCAACGGAGAAAUUCCACAAAAAUUACCAAAACCUGAGCCAGGAAAGUAGCUCUACGCACAAAGAGAAGAAGCGACUGAAUGUGAUAAUUCUGACCCAUAUGAGUUCCGGUUCAUCCUUCUCCGGAAACAUUUUUAAUUUGCAUCCAGAUGUGUUCUAUCUCUAUGAACCCCUUCAUGACUUGAGAAAAGUUGAAUAUGGAGAGGACUGGACUCCACUGAACAAAACAGCAAACGAUGCAUACAAAACUGACUUUUCCAAUUUGCUUCGCGACCUGUUCACAUGUAAAUUUAAGGAAAAAAAGAGUUUGAGGAGAAUUUUUGCUGAAUUUUUGAAUGUGCCAAAGCGUCUUGCAUUUAUGUAUUGGCGCUUAUUGAACUCAGAAAUCACAAAUGAAACUGUCAAGAAAAUUUGCUUGGCAAAAGAAAUAACAGUGGCAAAAAUUAUGCAGACAAGGCUACCAGGUAAAAUUGGAAUACAGGAACUGCAGAAUUUCUGUAACUCUAAUGGUAUGCAGUUCAACUGUUUGUUUAUCCACCUCGUGAGAGAUCCACGCGCAAUGCUAUCUUCGUUAUUGAGGCGUAAAUUUUUUAUUCAGGAUUCCAGGAAUUUAAUGUUUUCAUCAGGAAACUUGACUCCAGAGGCUAAGGAAUUGGUUAAGAAAAAUGCGCAAUUAUUGUGCUCACAGGUGGUUGACAAUUUAAACUAUGUGAAACAAAACUGGUAUGACUUUUUCGACCGUUACAAGCUUGUGCGUUAUGAAGACAUCGUUACAGAUCCUUUAGUCAAUGCGGUGAAAUUUUACGAUUUUGUUGGUCUUCCAAUGGUUGAAUCUAUUCAUGAGUGGAUCGUUGGAGGUAAACAACUUGUUAGCGCGACUGGUUCUCAGUUCUCACCGAAGAUUGUAGCUAGAAUUGAUCACUGGAUGUCAGAACUAGAACCCUCUCUAGUACCUUUAUUCGAGGAGGCUUGUGGGCCACUUAUGGAACUAAUGGGAUAUAAUUAUGCAAAUGAUGUUACUCGAGCUGAGCAGAAUGACAGUGAGAUAUUAAUAACUAAGGAAAUACCGUUAUUGGAGGAAUUGUCAUUCACGAAAUAUUGA